AUGGCUGCAGCAGCACCGCUCGUUGUCCCCGCCCUGACAAGGCACACUGCUACCGUUAUCAUGGCCCAUGGAUUGGGUGAUAGGUUCGUCCUCCAAUUCUUGCAGCCCUCUAAGGGUUUGGUGACUUGUCUUCAGAAGUUAGAGGACAACUUCGGAAUGUCGAUGCCAGGCUGGUAUGAUAUCGUGAAAUUGGGAGCGAACGUUCCUAUUGAGGAAUUUGCCAGACUCCAGGAUGAGCGCGGAAUCCUGAAAUCACGCGAUUAUUUCAACACCCUGAUCAAAGAAGAAAUCGAUAAAGGCAUAAGCCCUUCGCGUAUCAUUCUGGGAGGCUUCUCUCAAGGUGGCGCCAUGUCGCUUUUCACCGGUAUUACGCAGAGGGAGAAGCUAGGUGGCAUCUUUGGUCUCUCCUGUUAUUUACCAUUAAGUGAGAAGCUAUCAACGUUCAUGCCGGAUGGAUUUCCGAACAGACAGACUCCCGUUUUCAUGGCUCAUGGCGAUUCCGAUCCUACGGUGUUAUAUGAAUGGGGUCAGAGGUCGGCAGAUCAUAUAAAGGGACUGGGAAUGACGGUAGAGUUUAAUAAAUAUCCUGGUUUAGGUCAUUCAGCGGACCCGAUGGAGAUUCUAGACUUACAGAAAUUCUUAGAGAGGAUAAUUCCAGCGGAGGGAGAUAAGCAAGACGCUUCCAAAUCGUGA